UUCUGGUACUUGUUGUUGGGUUAUUCUCCAAAGGUGGAGACGUUACAUCUUGGCAGCAAGGGCUACCCUUGGACACCGUGAUGCUGGUUAUAUCGGAGCUCUUGCCAAAGAUCCAGAAUCUGCAGGCUGGCAGGCAGAAGGCCAACUCAGCGGGCGCUAUCACUGAAUUCUUGCAAAGCGUAUCCUUGACUAAUGUCCUGCCUCCUGCACCAGCGUUAUAUUCAAGACGAUUUGUGUGGUCGGAUGCAUCAAUUGUCUGGUUGACGUCGCUCAUCUGGGGAGGUGUUUAUGUGCACGGAAUGUCGCCUCUCGGGAUAUGGAACUCCACCAAUGUGCGACUCUUUUUUGUCAAGCACACGCAACCUCAACAACGGCAAAUCACGGACACGAUGUCAAGUGUCGUUGGAGGUCUGUUCUCGUCCACCAGACAAAGACCCGAGCGUUCGUCCAAUCAGUGAUGUUCCAUGGUGUCGUGUGCUGUUUUGGGAUACUGUUACGACGCCGUGGAAGGUUUUAUUUUAAGGACAUGAUAUCAGACGUGUGUUUUCCCGCAGUGUAGAUACGAAAUUCAAAUCAUUUUCGCAUA